GUUUUCAUGUUUUCUUACAUCUUUCUUGUUGGAAGUUUGGGACUCACAUCUUAACCCCUUGCUAUGCUGUUGUGAAAUAUGCAGAGAUUCAGGCUUGGAAGCUCCCAGUUCAUACUGUUUCCUUCAUAAAUGCCAUAAGAUAUUUUAUUUAUGUUACUGAUAAUAAUUUAUUUUCUGUACUUUUUCAGUUUGGGAUUUGAAACUUUUGGUGGUAUUGGUGUCGACAUAUCAUAUCUAGUUCCUGAAAAAAAAAAAAAAGUACUCAAAGACACGUGAUCCUAAUGAGUGGACGCAAUUCAUGUUUUCAAAUCACAAUAAGGCACUAUGUAUAGAGGCAUCUACUAUCAGAUACCUAAAGUAAUACUUUCUUCUAUGGCCAGUCUACUGCAGAUGGGUUCACCUCUUAUCUAUAGUAAUUUUCUUGUGAAGACUAUCCAACGUCCUCAGUCAUUCACAUGCACCAUACUAGCUAAAACGACACCGGGUGGUGAGUCUCCAGUUGUUCCUCGUCGUUCCGCAAAGUACCAGCCUUCUCUUUGGAACCAUCACAAUCUCCUCUCUGUCGAGAAUAAAUAUACGAAUAAUAAAAGUGUGCGCGAGAGAGAUUUGUUGAAAGAAAAUGUGAGAAAGAUGCUCAAUGAUGAGAGUACAACUCACACCGAGCAAUUGAAGCUAAUUGACGAUUUACAAAAACUAGGGGUUUCUUACCAUUUUGAACGGGAAAUUGACAAUAUAUUAACAAUUUCUUAUCAAAAAGAUAGAAGAAACUUCACUGAGUAUACAAUGGAAAAAGAUCUAUAUGCCACAGCUCUGGAAUUCCGACUACUCAGACAACAUGGUUUCAAUGUUUCAGAAGAUGUAUUUAAUGUUUUCAUGGAGAACUGUGGGAGGUUUGAGAGCGAUGAUAUAAAUGGUCUGAUAUCUCUGUACGAGGCGUCAUAUCUUUCAACAAAAUCGGAUAUUAAGCUGCAAAAAUUCAUCAGAUUUUUUGCAGCGCAACAACUUAGAGACUUUGUUGACACUAACGGUAAUAAAGAUUUAGCAUCAUGUCACAUCGUACAGAUGGUGGUCCAAGCGUUAGAUAUGCCCUACUAUUGGCGAAUGAGAAGGCUAGCCACUAGAUGGUACAUAGAUAUAUAUGGGAAGAGACCUAACAAGAACCCUGUCUUAAUUGAACUCGUCAAGCUCGAUUUCAAUAUCGUGCAAGCUGUUCACCAAGAAGAACUCAAAUACGUCUCCAGCUGGUGGAGGGAGACAGGUUUAGCUAGUCAACUUCACUUUGCAAGGGAUAGAAUAGUGGAGAACUACUUUUGGACUAUUGGACAAAUCCAAGAGCCUCAAUUUGGUUACGUUCGACGAAUAAUGGCAAAAAUAAAUGCACUUCUUACAACUAUCGAUGACAUCUACGAUAUCUAUGGCACUCUUGAAGAACUUCAACUCUUCACUACCGCGUUUGAAAAUUGGGAUGUAAAUCGUCUUGAUGAACUCCCCGAGUACAUGAGGUUGUGUUUUCUCGUUGUUUACAAUGAAGUCAAUAGCAUUGGAUGUGAUAUCCUCAGGAAAAAAAAUAUCAAUGUGAUUCCUUUCCUCAAAAAGUCUUGGGCAGAUGUAUGCAAUGCAUACUUAGUAGAAGCAAUAUGGUACAAAAGAGGACACAAACCAAAUAUGGAAGAGUAUAUGCAAAAUGCUUGGAAAUCAAUAGCAGCCCCAACGAUAUUUGUUCACUUCUACUGCGUAUUCUCCGACCAACUCUCUAUUCAAGUUCUGGAGACUUUGUCCGAACACCAACAAAAAAUCGUUCGAUGCUCUGCGUCUGUGUUCCGUCUAGCGAACGACCUUGUAACCUCGCCGGAUGAAUUGGCAAGAGGAGAUGUCCCUAAAUCGAUCCAGUGUUACAUGACCGAUACCGGAGCUUCAGAAGUUAAAGCACGUGUGCACGUGCGGCAGAUGAUCAACGAAAUGUGGGACGAAAUGAAUUACGAAAAAAUGCAAAGUCGCUCUUCCGUAAUCCCUCAAGAAUUUGUGGAAGCGGUAAUGAAUUUGGCACGUAUGUCGCAAUGCAUGUAUCAAUAUGGAGAUGGCCAUGGCUCUCCAGAGAAAGCCAAAAUCACUGAUCGUAUCGUCUCCUUACUCUUUAACUCCAUUCCACUAGAUUGACAUGUAUACAUUGAUUAUGUGAGUCCGAUGAAAUAAUAUUUGCCCUCGUGCUUCAGAA